CAUCCAAUGAAGACUGAACGAAAAACCGAGGAAAUAACAGCACACGCCUGCUUUCUGUGCAAGUUGUUUUGUUUUAUAACUCGACUAAUAUCUGGCUAAUAACGCAGAAACACAAGAGCUCGCUAUGCGCCUGUUUUAAAUCACCUGCAAGCGAAGGUACUGAACAUAUCUGAGAGGACUGACCGCGUCAAUCAAGGAUGGCACAGUGGGAGAAACUGAGGCAGCUACCUGCUGUCUAUGGACAGCAGCUCCACGAGCUCUACGACAGGGAUGCUUUGCCUAUGGAUGUGCGGCACUACCUGUCAGCCUGGAUAGAGAAGCAGGAGUGGCAACGAGCAGCCCGGGACCAUGAUUUGGCUAUGGUGCUGUUCCAGGUCCUGCUGGAGAAUCUGGAUAUCCAACACAGCCGUUUUGUGCAGGAGGAGUCGUUCUUACUGCAGCACAACAUCAGACGUUAUAAACAGAACUUUCAGAGGUACCUGGAUGACCCGUGUGCCUUGGCAAGCACAAUCCUGUGGUUUUUGGAAAAAGAGAAAGAAAUCCUCCGGAGCGCUGAUCUGGCCGAGCAGGUCCAGUUUUUGCGUGUUGAGCAGGAAGCCAUGGAGACCAGCAGUCAGCAGGACCUUGAACGUAAAAUGGCUGGCCUCAAGAACGAAGUGCAGUGCAUGGAGCAUACAAUGUUAUGUCUGGAGGAGCAGCAAGAUGAGUUUGAUUUUAAAUACCAGACUCACAAGAUGGAAGCAGCUGUGGUUGACGAGGCAGAGAAGCAAGAAAAAAUCAAACUCUUUCAGUUACUUAUCAACAGACUGAAUGACUGUCGAAAGAGCACGCUGGCAGACCUAAAUAAGCUGCUGGAUAAAAUUGAGGAACUGAACGACAUGCUGGUGAAGAAGGAACUGGUGGAGUGGCAGAGGAGGCAGCAGAAAGCUUGCAUUGGUGCUCCAGACAAUGUUUGCCUGGAUCAGCUCGAGAACUGGUUCACCUGUGUUGCAGUGUGUCUGUUCCAGGUGCGGGAGUUUCUUAGUAAGCUGGAGGAGCUGGUUGGAAAAUUGUCCUAUGCCAAUGACCCUGUGAAGGCCCAAAAACCGGCACUGCAGAGCAGAACAGAUACUCUUUUAGAAGACUUACUCAAGAGUUCCUUCGUGGUUGAGACUCAGCCCUCCAUGCCUCAGGGGAAAGGACCCCUGGUACUCCGCACAAACGUCCAGUUCUCUGUCAAGACCAGACUUCUCGUUAAAGUUCCUGAGCUGAACCACUCCAUGAAAGUGAAUGUGUCCAUGGACAGGGAGGCUCCUCAGAUGAAAGGAUAUCGACGCUUUAAUGUUCUGGGCUCUAAAACCAAGGCUUUGAACAUGGCAGAGAGCCAGAGUGGAGGCAUGGUGGCAGACUUCAGACAUCUGACUCUGAAGGAGCAGAAGUCUGGAGGUGGCAAAGGAGUGAGUGAUAUUUCUCUCAGUGUUACGGAGGAGCUGCAUCUCAUCUACUUUGACACUGUAUUUGAGUUUAAAGGCUUGUCAGUUGAGCUGCAGGCCUGCUCCCUCCCGGUGAUCAUCAUCUCCAACUCCAGCCAGCAGCAGAGUGCCUGGGCUUCUGUCCUUUGGUUCAACAUGAUCAGUCUGGACACAAAGGAUGUCAUGUUCUUCGCCAACUGUCCUGCAGCCACUUGGCCGCAGUUUGGAGAAAUGUUGAGCUGGCAGUUUCUCUCUGCCACUAAACGCGGUCUGAAUGAUGCUCAGUUGGAGAUGAUUGCACACAGACUCUUUGGAAAGAAACAGGACUAUGGCACCUGUAAAGUAGCUUGGUCGAAAUUCAGCAAGGAAAAUCCUCCUGACACAUUCUGGGUGUGGUUCGAUGGCAUUUUGGUGAUGGUGAAAACAUACCUUGAAAACCUGUGGAGGGAUGGUCACAUCAUGGGUUUUGUGAACAAAUCCAAAGAGAAGUCACUCCUGAAGAAAAAACAGAGAGGCACGUUCUUGUUGCGCUUCAGUGAAAGUGUCAUCGGAGCAAUCACCUUCUCUUGGGUGGACACCACUAUAACUGGUGAACCUGACAUAAAGACAGUGCAGCCCUUCACCAAAGUCGACCUCUCCCAGAUUCCCUUCCAUGAAAUCAUCAGGAAUUUCCAGAUCUUAGAGGCUGAAAACAUUCCAGAAAAUCCUCUAGUUUACCUUUAUCCCAACACCCCCAAAGAUGAGGCUUUCGGGAAAUACUACACUGAGAAGACUGGAAGUGACAGUCCUUACAUCAAGUACAUCAAAACCAAGCUGAUGUUUGUUUCAAAGGAGAACACACUGGAGGCUAAGUCACCCAUGCCCUCUGACAUGGCACAGGGUGAGGCCCUGGAGCCAAUCAAUGGCCUGUGUGAGGAGGCAGCUGAACAAAACGAGGAUCCUCAAACUUUGACUUCGCCUCUGGAGAUGUAUCACCCUGAUCCCAUGCUGUCCAGCUCUGUCGCCGGCCCAGAGGAAGAUUUACUGAUGUAUCUCAACAACCCCAACCUCUUUGCUGACAUCAUGCAAGAAGAGCCGGCGCUGCCUGAUUACAGUCUUCAAGCAUUUCAUGGCCUGCCUGUACAAUCCUGUGGAAGCAUUUUCCAAUAAGCCUCAUUUAACCAAACCACUUUAUCAUUCACUCAUCUUCAGCUCUCUCCUUUAGCUACUUGCAUUACAACACCCAUCUCAUAAAAUGUUAGUGUAUGUAGCAAAUCCAGUGAUAACAUAGUUUGCUUUGAAUACCAUUUUAACUCGACAGCUGCCUCUGCUAAUCCUGACGAUGUUUAAGAAUAGCUUUUGCAGUCAGCAUGUUCAUGCUUGAUUGUAAUUCAAAUAAUUGUAUUCUGACUUUUUAAUAAUACCCUUUAUUAUGUUGCACUAUUGUCAGAAACGAAUCAGACUAUUUGAAGACACAAAAGUGAGAUAAUUGAAUUGGCUGGACUCAUGUUUACUUCAUUUGUGUCCCAGGUACAUGUAAUUGACCCCCACAACUAUCAUAAACUCUUCUGUAUUUUGCGAUGUUGUUGAUUUAAGAUAAUGAUGUUGAACUGAUAGUUGAAGUGGUUUAGAGUUUGAGACUGCACAUACUUUAUUGUUUUAAUGUUUGUUGUUGAGUUAUUGUGAUCUUUAUGUUUCCACCUGCAGCUUUGUGGUAGACUACUGAAACAUUGUGCUGCAUUUCCUUCCUCUAAGUUAUAUGCUUUUAUAUUAACCUUCUCAUUUAAACAAAAACAAAAAUUAAAUGUUUUCGUCAAUAAAAGGGAAAUAAAUGUC